AUGCCUGUGCUACGCAACGCUGAUCACCCUGCUUCGAAGGCCACUGACUCGGUGGCCACGCGGUAUGGCGUUGCAGUGCUCGGUUCCUGGGCGGCUGAAUCUGCUACAUAUCCGUUUGACUUAACAAAGACAAGACUACAAAUACAAUCGGAAGUGGCCGCCGCUAAACAUGGAUACAAGAUGGAGAAUCACGGGAUGAUAAAAACAGCUGUUGGCAUAGCGAAGCAGGAAGGCGUGUUGAAGUUGUGGAGCGGACUGAUGCCAAUGUUUCAGCGUCACGCUAUAUACUCUGGUUGCCGACUUAUAUUCUACGAACAUUUCCGCAAUACGUUAAAAGACGCUAAUGGGAAGGUCUCGUUGGGAGCUGCUUCUAUAGGCGGUCUAGCAGCAGGCUCUCUAGCGCAGCUGAUCGCUUCACCGACCGACCUCGUCAAAGUACAGAUGCAGGCAGAAGGCCGAAGGAUAAUACAGGGCAAGCCACCGCGCUUUGCCAACUGUCGACAAGCGUACGCGAUGCUCUACGCUGAAUCUGGCCUUUUAGGUUUUUGGAGAGGUGCCGUACCAAAUGUCCAACGAGCUGCACUAGUCAAUAUGGGAGAUUUAGCAGCUUACGAUUAUACUAAACAGUUCCUAAUAAGAGAGUUUGACAUGACGGAUUCAAUUCUCGUUCACGCGCUGGCUGCCUUCACCGCUGGCUUUGUAGCAGCAGUUGUGGGUACACCAGCAGAUGUACUUAAAACGCGCCUUAUGAACCAACCAGUGGGACCAGAUGGAAGAGGAACACUGUACCGCGGCAUGAUCGAUUGUCUUCAGCAAUCAAUUAAGAACGAAGGUAUAUUUUCGGUGUACAAAGGUUUCCUUCCGCUGUGGAUGAGACUUGGGCCGUGGGCGUUGAUCAACUGGAUAGCGUUCGAGAACAUCAUGCUUGCGAUUGGAGGACAAACAUUU